CUCACACACGCAUCCAAGAAUUUUACUUCAUUGUUUCUUGAAUUGUCGUCUUGUCUGAGGAGUUCGUUCAUUUGGGCAAAAACAAUGGCUUUCUCUGGUACCUUGCGAUGCCCACCAUCUAUUUGCCGCUUAUCAAAUUCGACUCCAUCUGUAUCUUCUUCUUCAGCCUCUUUCCGUUUUUCGCCUUCGAUUUUCAAUAGCAAAAGGCCCCUCUUGUCCAUCAGGUCAGCUUCAGUGGAAGCACCACCUACAUCUGGAGCACUUGUACCUGCAAUUUCAUUGACCGACAAUGCAUUGAAGCACUUCAAUAAGUUGAGGACUGAAAGAAGUGAAGAUUUAUGUCUAAGAAUUGGUGUCAAACAAGGAGGAUGCUCUGGCAUGUCUUAUACUAUGGAUUUUGAGAACAGAGAAAACGCUAGACCCGAUGAUUCUAUUAUCAAAUACAAUGGAUUUGUUAUAGAUGCCUUCAUUGAAGUUUUUCCAUUAUCAGCAAAGCUAAUACACACAACAGUUUGUGAUCCAAAAAGCCUUCUCUUCCUUUAUGGUAUGCAACUGGAUUACAGUGAUGCACUGAUUGGGGGAGGCUUUAAUUUCAAGAACCCAAAUGCUACACAAACCUGUGGCUGUGGUAAAUCAUUUGCUGCGGAGAUGUAAGGUCGUAUACUAUAGAAUCUAGUCUAUAAUGGGAGGUGUAAUGUACUAAAACUUGGUUGAAACUUAUUCAACUUGUUGGCUGCAUAUUUAACGGUGUUGGUCACUGCAAUUUCGAACAUGACGAGACAAGACAAGACAGGUCGGGAUAGUACAAUGGUUUCUAUUGGUUUUUAAUAUUGUCUAGUACUCUCAAGUUAUCUUAUUAAAUUUUUUGCUGAUC